UUGAGGGACAGAACCGAAGGGAACACGAUGGUCAAAGUGUGGCGGCAGAUUCAAGAGAGUCACGUCGAGGAGCACCUUCAGCGUAUGGACCUGUACACCACGCUCCUCAUGACUCUCGUGGAACCCGGAGGGAUCGUCUCUGCAUUAGGGCACACUUUCCAGGCUCCAUCUCCUCAAAGGGAGCUUCCCUCUGCGCGGCUCUUGCGACAUGCCUUCCUGUUGGCAGAGGCUGGUAACGUUCAGGACUACAGGAGCCAGAUCCUCUCCACUUUUGGCACUGUACUGAAAAUGGACUCAACCAAGAAGGUGGUGAAGAAGCUGUCUGGGGAAGGUGCACGCUCUGCCAAGUGGUUCACCAGCAUCGGAAACAAGCAUUCCCAGGUAGUUUCCUUUGUUCUGACUUGCGAGGAGUCUGCUGAGAAGCUGAGUCCGAUGUGCCGAGGUGUCGUGGACAGGUUUCGGAUGGCCAAUCAACCCGUUCCUAAAAUCCUGUACGUGGAUCGUGGUUGUUGCCGUGCCCAGGGCCGUACAGCAGUGGAGGUUUUGUUCCAGCCUUGGGUGGAUGAUGGAAUGAUCGUGCAUCUGGACAUAUUUCACUGGAUCCACCGCUUUGAUGUAGCCAUCCGAACAGAGUCUCACUCCAAGUACGCUGCAUUUAAAUCUGCGCUAGCUGGGGCAGUGCUGGCCUAUAACCGCACGGACUUGGAGCUACUCAUCAAAGCUGUCUGA